UUGGCUCUAUUUAAAGGAGUGACACAGCCAGCUUGCUUCACAUUCACUUUAAAGCACAGCAAGCAAGAGAAAAUCAAGAUCCUGAAUCUGAGCGAACGAUUCCUCUCACUGCUUAAAAUGAAGACUGUUGUGAUUGUUUUCCUUGUUGCAAGUGUCUGUAUUCAGAGUGCAACCCCAUCAAAACUAAACAUACGCAAAAAGCGAGCCUGGAUUGUGGAUUUCCUGACCAUGGAAGAAGAGCACACCGGUCCUUUCCCAUAUAAACUGGGAGAUUUAAAUAUUGAGAAGAAAGUUAUCGAAGAGUACUCCAUUCAUGGACAGGGCAUCGACAAAGAUCCCAAAGGAAUUCUCUCUGUGAACAGAAACGGAUCAGUUUACGUUCAUGGAAAAGUUGACUAUGAGGAGUACCGGAAACUGAGAAUCACUCUUUCUAAAAAACACACAAUAGUUGCUGUGGAUAUCGAUAUUCUGGAUGUUAACGACCACACUCCUGUUUUUAAUCGGGAUGUGUAUGAAAUGGCAGUAGAUGAAUCAACACCACAAGGUAAGCCUCUGGUCAGAGUGCUGGCAACCGACAACGACCAGCCUGGCACAGCAAACGCUCAGUUCACACUGCGAAUCGCCUCAGUGUCGCCCUCUGCCUCCAGUGCUGACUUCUUCAUUCAGCAAAGAAAAGGAGAGCAGACAGGAACCAUAUCUUUCAAGGGAUACCUUGAUUAUGAGGAGGCCCAAAACUACACUAUUCUGGUUGAAGCAAAGGAUCAUGGGGAGAAGAUGCAGCUCUCCAGCACAAGCACAGUGAUACUGAAUCUCAUCGACAAACACGACCAUCCAUCAGAAUUCAUUAGGAAAACAAAAGAUGCUAGUGACUCCUCAGUAUUGAAGAUGAUGAAACAAGUAGGGGUAAUGGCGAGAAUGGAGUCUGGACCGAUGCUGGACGCCAACAAACUGGCCAUGUGUCUGUCUGAGGAGACGGCUGACAUUACAGCUCUCAAACCAGCCCUGUACAGCCCACCAUUACACUUCCAGCUGUCCGGAGACGUCCAGGGGAAAUGGAGGCUUCAGUCUAACUAUGGUACAUCUGUGAAGCUGAUCAAAGAGAGGGGCGUACAUGCGGGCGAUCAUCAGCUCACCCUGAAGAUCUCUGACAGCCGGGGCCAGCAUUCAGUCCAGACCCUCUCGCUGCGUGUGUGCGACUGUGAAGUUUCUGCAAACUGCAAAGACCCAGAAAAAAAGAGGAACGUCACUGCCAUGGCUGUCAUAAUCCUCAGCAUCCCAGUGCUGCUGGGUAUCCUGUGGAUGGUGUAUUGUCAGAUCAGCGCAAAGAACUCUGGAAAGCGCCAGAUGCUUUUAGUGGAGGAAUCAAAGCAAUUUUUUAGUCCCGACUGCACUGAAACAUGUUGAACUUGAUUGCAAGCUAGAUCUAGAUCCAGUCACAGUUUCUGCUGCAGAUGAUGCACCUUGUUAAACCCAGAGGCUCAGACUAAUGUCCUCUAUUAUCCAGGCCGCAGCUUUACUUGAUGAACUCCUCGAGCCAGAGCUGGAACACAAACGCUGCCAGACUUAAGUCAUGUCACUGAAUGUGUGGUGAAAAUAUGAAGGACAUCAGAAACUGAUGCACUAUAUGACAGACUGCUUGGUUGUAUGCUGUGAAUUAAAAGGAAGGGCUGCUUUUGGUUGUUUUAAAUGUAAUUCUGCUUUUUGUGCAUGGUGUCAUAUGUGACACUGGACCACAAAAGCAGUCACUGGGGUAUAUUUGUAGCAAUAGCCAAAAGAACACUGUAUGGGUCAAAAUUAUAGAUUUUUCUUUUACUGGCAAAAAUCAUUAAG